UAACAAAGGAAGACAAAUUAACAGAGGGAAUGAUUCGCCGUCCAGUGGUUAUAUUGGCGGCUAUAAUAGCCCUUAUGUCGAUGGCAGUGGCAGGAGGUGGAGGCCGAUAUAGGGGCGGUGGUGGAGGAAGUGGUAGUGGAGGCCAUGGAGGCGGCGGAUUCGGAGGAGGUGGAUUUGGCGGUAGUAGCGGUGGUGGCGGUGGAUACGGAGGAGGCAACAGAGGAGGAAGCGGCGGUGGUAGUGUAGUUUCUGUAAUUCAUGUUCGCAGUGGAACUCUCUCGGGUGGAGGCGGCGGCGGCGGUGGCUACGGAGGUGGAAGCAGAAGGAGUUCUAGUGGGGGGAGUGGAGUUAGUUUUGGGGGUAGUCAUGGAGGUGGAAGCGGAGGUGGAUUUGGAGGCGGAAGCAGAGGCAGCAGCGGAUACGGAGGAUAGAGCGGAAAAGCAAAGA